AUGUGCAAAAGCCAGAUUGAGGAGAGCUGUGUUUUCUACAGAGUUUGCGGGAGGAUUCGAACCAUUGGUAAGCUCAGCAGAAACGUGACUCCCUCCUUCAACUUCAAGGACAUCAAAGCGCGCCCAAGAGCUUCCAGCAAGAACUCAGGAAACGUGUUGCUGUUGUCGAAGGAAAAGGACUACUUGGAAGGGAUCCUCCUCCUGGACUUCCCCGGUGGCGAGGGCGAGAGCCGUCACGUUGGUCGAUUCAUCGAAGUCGACGUUCAGAAAUCUAAAGAUGCUGAUGCUACGUGCUCUUUUGGAUUUGACGCCUGGAAUGCCGACCGGGGCGGUCUUAAGCCUGGGAACACUGCCAGUUUGAAGAAGGCUAACCAGAUCUUUGGCCUUCGUAUUAGAUUGCUGCGAAAGCUUGCAAUCGUGUACUUUAUACAUCGACUUAGCAUAUCAUUCAAAUAA